CCAAAACAUGGAAGAGCACAACUAAAUCACUUCCUUGUGAAGACUUUUUUUUAUUCACGAUCUCACCAAAACUAACAAACUCUAUCCUGCGCCGCCACUUCACCACCGUCGUAUCCGCCGCUUCAGCACCGUACGGAGAAGCGAAUCUCAACACCAAUCCGUCGCAAUGGGGAAAGGUGGCGCACUAAGCGAAAGCGUGAUAAAGAACAUCGUUCUCUCAUACAGCUACGUAGCGAUAUGGAUCUUCUUAAGCUUCACAGUAAUUGUCUACAACAAAUACAUCCUCGACAAGAAGAUGUACAAUUGGCCAUUCCCGAUCUCACUCACAAUGAUCCACAUGUCCUUUUGUUCAACCCUAGCUUUUCUCAUCAUCAAGGUUUUCAAAUUCGUCGAGCCAGUUAAAAUGACUCGCGAGACUUACCUGAGAUCCGUCGUACCGAUCGGUGCUUUGUACGCUCUCUCACUCUGGUUAUCGAAUUCCGCUUACAUUUACCUAUCAGUCUCCUUUAUCCAGAUGCUUAAAGCUCUCAUGCCUGUAGCUGUUUACUCAAUCGGUGUUCUGUUUAAAAAGGAAGGAUUCAAAUCUGAUACUAUGAUGAACAUGUUAUCGAUUUCGUUUGGUGUUGCGAUUGCUGCUUAUGGUGAAGCUAGGUUUGAUGUUUGGGGUGUGAUUCUUCAGCUUGGUGCUGUUGCUUUUGAAGCUACUCGUUUGGUUUUGAUUCAGAUCUUGUUAGGAGAUAAAGGGAUUAAGCUUAAUCCCAUUACUUCGUUAUAUUACGUUGCUCCUUGUUGUUUGGCCUUCUUGUUUAUUCCAUGGAUCUACGUUGAGUUUCCUGUUCUUAGAGAUACGUCUAGCUUCCACUUGGAUUACGCAAUUUUCGGAGCGAAUUCGUUUUGUGCGUUUGCGUUGAAUCUUGCUGUGUUUCUUUUGGUUGGGAAGACAUCUGCUUUGACUAUGAAUGUUGCUGGUGUGGUUAAGGAUUGGCUCUUGAUUGCUUUCUCAUGGUCUGUGAUUAAGGAUACUGUGACUCCUAUUAAUCUUUUCGGGUACGGGAUUGCGUUCUUGGGAGUUGCGUAUUAUAAUCACGCCAAGUUACAGGCUUUGAAGGCUAAAGAGGAGGAGAAGAAGAAGAUUCAGCAAGCUGAUGAGGAGAGUGGUCGGUUGCUUGAAGAGAGGGAAGGUGAUGUUGAAGGUAAGAAGAAUGAUCAGUCUGGUAAUUAAAUGAAGAGGUUUUGAUUCGAAUUCAUAAAAAUGGAGUUUAGCAACAUAUAGAGGAUUGGUGGAAUAAGAGCAGUGGAAGAAGAUUAUGAUUUGGAUUUGGAUUAAUCAGUAAUGGUAUUGGUAGGUUCUUGUGGAAUCUGAGGUUGCUUUGGAUCCGUUGAUUUGCUCAUAGGUAGUGAAGUCAGAAUCUCUUAAAGCUUUCGUCUUGUUUUUUUUUCGAGCUUUCUUUCUCCUUUUCGUAUUGUUUUCUUCAUGUUAUUUAUGAUUACAAUGGUGUUACCCAACCUCUGUUUAUGGAAUUUCUUAUUUAAUCAUACUGAGGUUAUUGAAAGUUUCAGUAUACUUGUGGAUGGUAAGAUUUGUUACAAGAAAUGACAGAGACAGCUUUGUGUUUGACUGUCUGAUGAUGUUAUCAUCAAACAAUUAUGAAUAUGUUAGUCAGCAUCAUACGGCUCCAUUAAUGAACAUUUGAU